ACCCAGCAUUCCUGGCAGCUUCCGAGCGCGCCUGGUAUGUGUCUGUUUAUUAGAGAGCUCCUAUUAUGAAUUGAUAUUUGAUUAAUGCCGUUAUACUAGGAAGCAGUUGAUGAGUCCUAAAAUUUGAUGGAUGGUCUUCUAAACCUGAUAACGAUAUCUACCGAGAGGCUUUAGGAUGUGUGGCCACAUGCUCCUAGACAUCCAUCAAUGCUCCUCCAUGUCCAGUGACCGAGUAAAGAUAAUCUAUAACAUAUAUUAAAGCUCAAAGCAGUCUUUGGUUUAACUGCUCAUAAAUCAGCCCGCUUAAUUGGAGUGUUCGAUAAGUAUGCCCCCUUGUUGUGGAAUGGUUACAGUUUGUUAUUCUAUUCUUCAAUGUCGGAAGAAAUUAAAGGCUAUUCUAAAAUAAGUAUUGAAAGUUGGAAACUGCCAGAAGAAACGGUGAUUGUCAUUGGAGGGUUAUUAAAAUAGGUUCAUUAUCGGUAUGAGGAGAGAAAGCCAUCGAUCAUCGAAAGAAAGGAAUAAGAUGAAGCAGCAGUCGUUAUUGCAAUAAAUGCUUAAUUGAAAAUGAAAGUUAUCAUCGGAAAGGUCUGGGUAUCUGUAGAAUGUAACAUUCAGCAUGUGGGAUUUAACUUCUAGCAUGUAUAGACUACUAUAACAGUGUUCAUUCGUGUAAAACUAUGGCCGGGAGCAGUGAUGAGAAAGAGCAAAAACUGUCAACAGAUGAAGAAAGGGACGAAGUAGAUGAACAUUCCGAUGAAAUUAAUGACGAUGUGAUUUCCGUAAAAUUUAACAAUGGAGGACAACAUACAUUUGGUGAGGAAGCAAUAAGUGUCGUUGUAUCUGACGAAAAACCAAAUAGUACGAAAGAAAAAGGGCAAAGACGAUGUUGUUUUUGUUGUAUUAACUGCCUCCGUAGGUGUAAACGACAAGAUGAAAACAAAGAGUCCAAAACUGACAGUAAGACUAAAAGACAAACCUCUCAAGUCCGAAACUUGUCUAAAAGUGAGCAAAGAAAAGAACGGUGUUGGGUAUGUUGUAAAAAGUUUACAGCAUUCCUCUUUUCCCACAUUGGACUUUGUGGACUUGUAAUAGCUUACUCUAUCAUGGGUGGUUUCGUUUUCAUGUCUUUAGAAGCAAGUCAUGAAAUAAUGGAGCGGGGUAGUGUAGAUAUGAGGAGGAAAUCGCAGAUAGAGAGACUGUGGAAUAUUACCAAUUUUAAUUUGAUUCUCGGAAAGAAAAACUGGACCUAUGAAGUGGACAAAGUGUUGAGAGAUUUCCAGACAGAUAUAUACGAGGCGACCAAAUUACGAGGGUGGGACGGACAAGGCGAGGAUGCGGACGCUCAGUGGUCGUUCGCCAAUUCUCUUCUUUAUUCCAUAACUGUUAUUACCACUAUAGGCUAUGGACAUAUUGCCCCGAAGACAGACAUGGGAAAAUUUAUAACGAUAGUCUACGCUUUGGUUGGUAUCCCCAUCACACUGCUUUGUUUGGCAAAUUUAGGAGGAUUUCUGGGAAACUGUUUCCGGUGGUUCUACAAACAUGUCUGCUUAUUGACAAUAUGGCUGUGCUGUCCGUCACAGGCAAAAUGGUCAUCCGAGAGAAAACGGGACAGAGAUAUGAAUAAGACCUUAGACAAGACUCACCAACCAAAGACAUUGACCAAAAGAAAGUGGUCACAAGACAGCAUAGAAAAAGGUCAGCUGAUUGGAAAUAAUGACGUCAUCGAGAUGGUUGUAACUGAAAAAGGCCCGAAGGAGCAGGUGCGUGUUCCAAUUUUCGUCAGUCUUAUGCUGAUUACACUGUACAUUUUCGGCGGUGCCAUCUUGUUUUCUGAGUGGGAGAAUUGGCCCUGGCUUGAUGGGGCUUAUUUCUGCUUUAUUACAUUAAGUACGAUAGGAUUUGGAGAUCUAGUUCCCGGAAUGAGAUCUGAUUCCCCGGCAAACCAAGAAAAACUUAUUUUGUGUGCAUUUUAUCUCAUAUUUGGACUGGCCAUUAUUGCAAUGUGUUUUGACUUGAUGCAAGAAGAGGUUCGAGCUAAAUGCAGAUGGUUAGGUCAAAAACUUGGUCUUAUUGAAACGGAAGAUUGAUUCCAAACUUACAUAUUCCAGUAGCAACAUGGAUUUAUCUAUUAUUUUACGACUAUUACUUGCUCUAGGUUAUCUGUAAAAUUUGAUUGCCCGUUUUUGACCGAUUGGCUAAAAAUGGUCUGACUCAAAACUUUUUUCACCCCUAGGAAAUUAUUAACAAUAUUUUCAUGUAUCCCGGAAAAUACAGUUUGAAAAUUCAGCAUUGAUGUUGAAAUUUGAAUGUUUUCCCAUUUACUUACCAAUUUUUUUCAUCUGAGUCAGGAGAGGGCAAACAGACACUGGUAUCACGUAAAAACUUCAGACGGAAUACGUACUUACAUUAUUUAUUAAAUCUUGCAGUUGAAAGCAUUUGUCACUAUGAAUGUCAAUACAGCAUAAAUGAAAUAAAAAGUGGGCGUUAAUGGAAAAUUGUAAUUGAUAUGCAUGGAAUUGUAAUUGAUAUGCACAGAAAUUGUAUUUUGACUGUGUAGCAAACACAUAUUGACAUAUGAAACUCUGUACAACCAUAGUUUUUCAAUGCUGAUUAAAUAUGACAAACUUUUUUUUAAAUUACAAAACUUAUAUAAGAAUUUAAAUAUGUUUAGCCCAAUUUUCAAAAUUACUCAACAUACAAAACUCUUUUUUUUCUGUCGAAAUCUUUAUUAACGAAUUUUUUGUGAUAAUCUAUUAAGAUUAAGAUUCAACUAUCAUUUUCAUCAGAUUUACCUCAUUAUCUCCUUUCCUUUAUCAAUUGCUAUAUUUUUAUAUGUGACAGAAAAGAAAAUAGCCAUAUGUGUUUCAAUGUACAUCUGUAUACACCUUUUUGGCGAUGACAUCCCAUGUUUUUCGUCAUAAUAAAGUUCUUUUUUUUCAGUAAGCAUGAUCAGCAAGUUUUCGGUUUUGAAUUAAAUUUUUACAUAGCAUUUUGCCCAAUGUAAACAGCACUUUAACUAUUUGUAAGAUAAAUUUAUUGGUGAUUUCCGUUAUUGCAUCUCAUAUUACAUGUCGAGACGCCCCGCUUUUCAAUAAGUUUGCUACUUUUGUCUAUAAUUAGUCUUGUCUAAAGUAAAACUGUAUGAUGGAUGGAACUUGAAUAAUGAAUAUAAGUGCAAGUUGAUUAAUGUUAAACAUAUGUUUCACUGCAUUAAUUAAAGUCUUACAAGCAA